GAGAUGACUCACAGCUGUAUGCGCGGAUCGCGCAUUGCGCGCUAAAAUAAACGCGUCCUUUCUACAACAUCGGCUACAUAUAUCAACUUUGCUUUAAACACUUCUCUUACGGUAUACUUUUGGUUAGAUGUGUUUUGAACUUUGUAGAUGUUCAGCGAGACCAUUUGUACUUCCUGGCAUGUAAGUCUUUCAAAUGUGUUUCAGUAACUAAUUUGGGCUCAGUAACUAGGCGCUCUGACGAAACUUUCCUCAAAAGCGGCUUUCUCUCUUAUAUAUUGCAAGUGCAUGUAAUAAUUUUCUUAAAAAUACACUUUAAUAUCUGCAUGUUUUUGUUUAUUUAAACAUUUUAUUCUUUUAAUUGCGCUCUUUUUGUUUUGCUCCGAUUUUCUUGCAUAGUUGUGUUAUGGAAAAAAAGGACAAAGCAGAUUAAAAUUAGUCUUCGUCGGUGUUUUACCGUUGGUCAAAUUUACAUUUUAAAGGACUUACUGUUCAAUCUAAGAUGUCUGCAGUCAUAUCAGAGUAUUUCAAAUUUGUUGCACUCUUCUUCAAGAGUAAAGAUGUUGUGAUCUUUAAUGGACUUAUAGGUUUAGGAACCAUAGCCAGUCAGUCGGUAUACAACAUAUUUGCGUUUAACUGUCCAUGUUCACCAACAAAGAAUUACAUCUAUGGAGUGACUGCCAUCGGUGUACCCGCCCUUGCUUUCUUUGUUAUUGGGGUGAUGCUCAAUAGAAACACCUGGGACGUUGUGUCUGAGUGCCGCACGAGAAAAUGCCGAAAACUGUCUGGGAGUGCUGCUUUUGCUUUGCUUGGCACCAUUCUGGGUAGAGCGGUUGUUGCUCCUGUCACCUGGUCUGUGAUUUCCCUCCUGAGAGGAGAAGCCUAUGUCUGUGCUUUUAGUGAGUUUAUAGAGCCCUCCACUUUGGACAAUUUCCCUCCAACUACAGAUGCUCCAAAAGUCAUGGCCCGGUUUCCAUGUAAGGAUUUACCUGUUCCGCUGAUGGCUUUCUAUGGAGAGGUUGAACGCCGGUUAAAGUAUGAAUCUCAGCUUUUGGGCUGGCUGCUGGUUGGUGUCUUCGCCCUCUCCAUCUUUCUACUUCUCUGUCUAAAAAACUGCUGUGCGGCCCUCGGCUAUCAGCAGGAGGCUUACUGGUCCCAGUUCCGUUCCAAUGAACAAGAACUUUUCCAGCGUACGGCUGAAGUGCACGCUAAAUAUCACGCUGCUGAAAAUGUCAAGAGCUUCUUUGGAUUUGUGGCAUUGGAAAAUCAGGAAAAGGAGCUUCUCACACAGUGUGGGGGUAUCAAGAGCGUCAUUCCCAGUGUGGAGUGGAACCGGAUCACAGGGGUUUACAUGUACAGAGAGAUCAAUGAUACACCCAUGUAUAGCCGUUUAAACAAAUGGGCCAAUUACACAGAUGAAAACGACUGUUAGUCGAUUAAAAAAUGACUGAACACGUGAAAUGGUGGUGGGUUUUCUCUAAAAUGCAUUAUGAAAUGUUUAUUUUUUAUUGGUUGAUUGGUUUGCUCAAUGUGGUAUUAUUUGGAACUGUAAACUGCAAUUCAGUCUUGCUGUUUUUGUUUUAUAUUUGUAUGGAGGAGUUUUGUUAAUGCUGGCAGAUUAAAUGGUUAUAUUUUGAUAACGCACAACUUUUUACUGUAGUAUCUUUUUUAAGAAAAAAAAAUGUACUCUCAGGUUGUGGUGACCUCUUGUUCUUCUUUGUUCACCAAUAAAGUGCCUUUGCUAUGAUAAA